AGAGAUAUUUCGCCAGUAAAAGAAGUCUCCUGGAUCUAUUUGUACUUUAUCCUCCAAUAAUCAAAAUUCUCUCUCUCUUCAAGCUUUAACACCACCAAAAUGACAAUACUUUCCUCUCUCGGAAGAGCCUAUAGAUCUGCUCCACUGGCCUCUAAGCUCCUCCUACUCGGCACUCUCAGCGGUGGGAGUUUAGUGGCCUACUCAGAUUCCAACAAAAAGGAGGAAGAGCAAAAGCAGAAGAAGAAGAAAGUAGUUGUACUUGGCACUGGAUGGGCUGGUAUAAGCUUCCUCAAAGAUCUCGACAUCUCUUCCUACGACGUUCAGGUUGUUUCUCCUCAGAACUACUUCGCCUUCACUCCACUCUUGCCUAGCGUCACUUGUGGCACCGUUGAAGCUAGAAGCAUCGUCGAGUCUGUCCGCAACAUUACCAAGAAGGUAUGCUUGAAUCUUUUGGUCUAUCAUUAUUCUGCUAAGCUUUUUUUUAAAAUUUGGCAGAAAAAUGGAGAGAUUGAAUUAUGGGAAGCAGAUUGUGCCAAGAUCGAUCCUGCCAACAACAAGGUUCGCUGCCAACCAGUUUUCAAGGACGAUCCCGAAGCAAGCCAAGAGUUCUCACUUGACUACGACUACUUGGUCAUAGCGGUGGGAGCACAGGUCAACACGUUCGGCACUCCAGGAGUUCUUGAGAACUGUCAUUUCCUCAAGGAAGUAGAGGAUGCGCAGAGGAUUCGCAGGGGAGUCAUCGAUUGCUUUGAAAAGGCUAUUCUUCCUGGUCUCACCGAGGAGCAGAGAAGGACUAAGCUUCACUUUGUUAUAGUGGGUGGUGGACCUACUGGUGUGGAGUUUGCAGCUGAGUUGCAUGACUUUAUUGAAGAGGAUAUCACCAAGAUAUACCCUUCGGUCAAGGAGCUUGUGAAAAUAACACUCAUUCAAUCUGGAGAUCAUAUCUUGAACUCGUUUGAUGAACGUAUUAGUUCAUUUGCUGAACAGAAGUUCUUGAGAGAUGGUAUAGAUGUUCUGAUGGGAAUGCGUGUGAUGUCUGUGUCUGAUAAAGACAUCUCUGUGAAGAUCAAAUCAAGCGGAGAAGUCGUAAGCCUACCUCACGGGUUGAUAUUGUGGUCCACUGGAGUUGGGACUCGUCCAGUGAUCAGCGACCUCAUGGAGCAAGUUGGACAAGGAGGGAGACGAGCAUUGGCAACCAACGAGUGGUUACAGGUGAAAGGAUGUGAGAAUGUUUAUGCAGUUGGAGACUGUGCUUCCAUAGCUCAACGCAAAAUCAUGGGGGAUAUUGAAAAUAUAUUCAAAGCUGCAGAUGUGGACAACUCAGGGACAUUGACAGAAGAAGAGUUACAAGAGGUGGUUGAUGAUAUCGUUGUGAGGUACCCACAGGUUGAGCUCUACCUGAAAAGCAAGCAUAUGAGGAGUAUCAGAGAUCUUCUGACUGAUUCAGAAGGUGAUCCAAAGAAAGAAGUAGACAUCAAGGCGUUUGAAUCGGCUCUCUCUGGAGUUGACUCGCAGAUGAAGAGUCUUCCUGCAACUGCUCAGGUUGCGGCUCAGCAAGGUUCGUAUCUUGCAAAAUGUUUUAACAAGAUGGAGCAUUGUAAAGAGCAUCCUGAAGGUCCUAAGCGCUUCAGAACUGGAGGGCAUCACCAGUUUCGUCCCUUCCAGUACAAGCACUUUGGACAGUUUGCUCCGUUGGGAGGGGACCAAGCAGCUGCUGAACUACCAGGAGACUGGGUUUCAGCUGGGAGAAGCACCCAGUGGCUAUGGUAUUCUGUUUACGCCAGCAAGCAAGUUAGCUGGAGAACGAGGGCUCUGGUGGUGUCUGACUGGACUAGGAGGUACAUCUUUGGGAGGGAUUCAAGCCGUAUCUGAGCCAAGUCUUUGCAAUGUGUGUUGUAAGAUUGUUUGACCAAGAUUCAAUGUCUCUCUCUCUCUCUCUUUGUUGUGUUGUUUUUGGUGUAACUCCUGCAAUGCUGUUGACUGGACUCCUGUGAUUAGUGAAGAAGCAAAAACAUUUUAUUGAUAAA